CCCAAAGUCCCGCCCUUCUUUCUUCCUUUUCCGCUCUUGAAAGUUGACGUGCUGAAAGGUGCUCGGUUCUUCAUCUGAAGCUAAGGCUCACAAUCCGGCGACUAGCACCCUCACAUUUAGGCAUCCGACCUUACGACCCUAAAGUCUAACAUCUACAAUGGCUUGCGUGUCCGAGCUCGCCUGUAUUUACUCCGCUUUGAUCCUCCAUGACGAUGAAGUCACCGUCACCGAGGACAAGCUGAAUGCUCUGAUCAAGGCUGCUGGAGUCACCGUGGAGCCUUUCUGGCCAAGUCUGUUUGCCAAGGCUCUGUCCAGCAUUGACAUUGGCAGCCUGAUCUGCAGCGUUGGAGCUGGAGGCGGAGCUCCAGCCGGAGCUCCUGCAGGAGGAGGCGCUCCUGUUGCUGGAGAGGCCCCAGCCAAAGAAGAGGAGAAGAAAGAAGAAAAGAAGGAGGAGUCUGAGGAGUCUGACGACGAUAUGGGCUUUGGUCUGUUUGACUAAGACUCCUGAUUUUAUAACAAAACACAAUAAAAGUGUAAAAAUAGCA